CCUUCUUUCUUUCGUCUGACUCCACAACAACACAGAUCUGGGAAUGAGCGUCUGAGAGGAGCAGGACAGGACACACUCUUAGCAGAGGUGUCAGGCAGCCAUCGUGUGUAUAGGAAUUGAGGAGGCGGUGGACAUUCUGGGGACACCUUGGGGUCAUUGAGGGGACCGUCACCCCUGGCGUCGGUGAGGAGAGGACGGAGGAGGAGUGCGAGUGUGCAAGGAGUGGAGAGGAGAGGAGACGAGAGGAGAGGGUAAAUUCGUGAGUACGAGAGGAGAGGACAGAAGAGGAGAGAAGGAGUGAGUGAGAGGACAAGUAACAUCUGUAAACGCGGGAGACGUGUGAGGAACGCCCAAGGUCACCAUGAUCGACCUGAGCUACCUGACGGAGGAGGAGCAGGGUGUCAUCAUGACCGUCCUCAAGAGAGACGCCGAGCUCAAGAAGGCCGAGGAGGAACGCAUCAAGCACCUGCAGCCUGCGCUGGUUGAGGAGGGACAGCGUAAGUACCUGACUGGAGAAUGGUUCUACCAGGCCAAGUCCCAACGCCACCAGGACCGCAUACAUGGCUCCGAGAUCAUAUGGGCCUCCAUACAACGCAGACCAGACUUCACUCGGAGUCUGGAUCGGUCGAGGCGUGCGAGUGGGAGUGCUGCCGAUGAUGUCAUCAGAUCUCCAUUACUGGAGCGCAAGGACAGAAACGGUGGCAGCUUGACAUCGGAAUCUCGUCAGGAUCCCCUGAGGAUGUCCAUGAGGUCCCCAAAGCUGAGACAUAACCCAUUCAACAGCAUGCAGGUGGAUAUUGAGUCAGAGCGUCCGUAUCCUCAACUGCACAACGGCGCUCAGGGGAGCUGCAAGGACUGCACACUGGAGAGUACAUCUUCACUGGUGGAGCAAGAGAGCCAGCCCAGCUCAGCCAGAUUGACCCUUGAACCCGGAGUACUAGCAGCAGGAGCAGCAGGAACAGCCAGGGUGGAGGCUGAGGAGCCCAAACCACCAGCAGCCAAGCGGCCUGCACCCGUACCCCGCAAGAGGACCAAGCCUCCCCGAGGCCCUAGCUCACACACACAAACAAACGCAGACAGCAAUGGUGGCCAGAGGUCAGCGGUCGUCUCCCCGACGUCAGACAGCUGGUCAGGGGUCGUCUCCCCUACGACCUCACUGACCUCCGUGACCUCUGGGCUGCUGAAGGAGACGUCCAGCUGCAGCUCCAUCGAGUCGCACCUGAGGAACGAGCCAAUGGAAUCGCAGACGAGGAGGCAGCCAAUCGAAUCGCAGCCGAGGAGGGGGCCAAUCGAGUCAUACCUGAGGAGUGAGCCAAUGAGAGGAGAGGAAGUCCUGGAGGGGGGGGCUGUGGAGGUGAGGACUGCUGUGGAGAGGAGAGCAAAAGAGGAGGAGAAUAAGGAGGAGAAGAGGAAAGAGGAUGAGGAGGAGAAACGGCUUUUUACACCAGUGGCCCGAGUCGAAGGUCGAGACAGAAUGUGGAAACCAGAGGACAUCGUCCAGCAACACAGACCUACAAUGAAGCCAAAUGGAAAUGCCCAAAGAGAGACCAGGUCAAGGUCAAAUGACGGUGAUAAGAGAGUGACCUCCUCAAGGUCAAAUGAAGGUGAACAGAGAGUGACCUCCUCAAGGUCAAAUGAAGGUGAACAGAGGGAGAGCAGCACAGAGCAGAGGGCCAUCAGUAUAAGGCAGCCGAGGGAGAUCUACUCAAUGCCAAAUGAAGGUGUUCAGAGAGUGGCAACCUCAAGGUUAGAUAAAGGUCAAGAGAGGGAGAUCAUCUCAAGGUCUGACAGAGGUCAAGAGAGAGAGACUCCGCCCUUGACAGACUGGCCACGACGAGAUGCAGGACAACACCUGGACACGUUGCCGUCCCCGCCGGAUUCAGGACGCCGUUUGGAAGCCUCACCUGUCCUGCACCAGGAUGAGUGGACACCAGGCACCAGGACAGCAGACGGCAAGGUACUCAAGGACCCCAGAGGAGCCAGGGCCGCGUGGUCUCCUAGUCCAGAGCGGAUGUCCAGAGAGAGAGAAACACUUCAGGACUCCCCACAGAGGUGGACGGACUCCACCACUCUGCAGACUCCUCAGACAAUGGAGCCAGACAUCAGAAUCCCAGUAUUAGUUGCAGACACAGCUGCACUCAAGGCUCCAAAAGACACAAUACACGACUCAAAAAGGCCUAAUCCAUCAUCUGUCCUGAACGUGACAGCAAAGCCAGCCGACACAGACAGAGCCAAGUCUCCCCAGAAGGUGUCGGCCGCACACGCCUCCAAACACUCGGAGGAGGGAGACUCCAUCGCCAAGGUGCUGGAGUGGUUCAACCGCAGCACGGACAGCAGCAACAGACAGGACACUGACCUGGACGACACCAAGGACGACAUCACAGACUCAGAAGAAGAGGCCAAGAUGACGAUGAGCAAGACGUCUGGGAACGUUUACACCAUCGUGCCGCGUCAGGAGAUGCCCAAGGAGAAGAAGAAACUGUUCCCUGAUGAUGCGUGUUGGGGGGAGGAGGGGAGUCUAGAUCUGUCGGACGAGCAAAGUGAUCCACAGGUGGACACCCCCAACAUUAUGGUGCGGCCGUUUCAGCCUGGCCUAAGCAGGAACUCUCCUUACCAGCCAGACAGUCCACAUGCACUGGAGAAAUCAGACACCGGUCACCAACAACAACAGUACUACUACAGCCAAUCAAGACGCCAGACUGAGACCAGCUCUCAACUUCAACACAUAGACAAGUCAAGACAUCAAGAAGAGGUUACUUACCAACCUCAACAUUCUGACCAGUUCAGACUUCAAACAGAGGCUAGUUACCAACCACAACGAUCCAGCCAACUACCAAUCCAGACAGAAGCUGGCUAUCAACCUCAACGUUCCAGCCAGUCAUCAUUCCAGAAGGAGACAAGUUACCACCCUCAAUACUCCAUCCAAUCACACGAUCGAAAAGAGAUGAGCUAUCAAUCCCAUCGCUUCCAAUCCCCAACCAAAACAGAACCAAAAGCAGAAACAGACCCAUCAAAAAUCUCACACGAGGCCAAUUAUCCCAUUCAUUUAUCUGGUAAAACAGAAGCAGGGCAUCAGUCCCAUCAUCCAGCCACCCCCAAACACAACAAAGAGAUGCCAGUGAAGACCCACCCACCUGUCCAUGCUGUGGUGAGAACAGAGACAGUUCUCAGAGCUCAGCAGCAAAGGCCUGAAGCCCAGAGACACAACCCGGCUCGACUGGAGGAUGGAGGUGCUUCAAGGGGACACGGUCCAGCCAGACAAGAGGAUGGAGGUGGCUCAAGAGGACAGGACACAGGAAAUGAAGGAACAUCUCGCCAAAGCCAAAGAAGCUCUCAUUCCCAGCAGGGAAGCCUGGGAUCAGAUCAAGAUGAGAGGCCAAAAAUUGCCAAUCUGAAGUCUUUCUGGGAGAAAGGGAACAGCGGGCCCAAGAUACUGAUAAGCAGAACUAAUGUUAAUACUGAAAACAAAAGGCAGACUCCAGAUAAACAAAUGGACAUUGGACCAGGACCAUUUGUCAGUGAACAAAUUGAGGAGCCACAGAAAUCUGUUCAGAAUUUUGAGAUUAGAACUAUGAGUCCCUCUUUGAAGCCAAGCAGUGAGAAGAGACCACAGAGAAAGCAAGUUAUAGAAAGUCAUGAGGAAAGACCACAAAGAAAACAGGUUGUAGAAAUACACGAGGAGAAUCCAAAAAGAAAACAGGUUAUAGAAAUACAUGAAGACAGACCACACAGCACACAGGUCAUAGAAAUAGAGGCACAGCAGGAAAAUGUUGUAGAUGAUAUGCCAAUCAAGCAAAAGUAUACAAGUGUGGACACUUUUGACAAGAGCACUGCAAGUGCAUCAUCUACUGAAAGGAUGGAUUCGUUGGAGAUGAGGAGUCACCUUAAUAAAGAUGUUACUUCUUCAGAGGUGAAAGAGUCCCCUAUGUCAUCCAGUAACAGCAGAUUUGCAAAGAAAGUGACUGAAGAGGCAACAAAGCACCCAUAUACACCAGUUCAGACUCAUCCUGCCCGCGACCCACCUCUUUACACCUAUACAGCUCACAACACACCUGGGUGCACCUCUACAGCCCACGACAUGCUCAUUCAGACUCAUACUGCCUGUGAGACACCUGUCUCCUCCAAACAUCCAGACCAGGCUUCAAAAGCUGAAGUUCGAGAUAAGGACAUGACACCUGAAUCCGGAUCUCAGUCAAGGGUAAGCCUACAAGUACUGCCCACCAGUCCAGUUCUGUCGGCCAAACAGCAGGACAGCCAGCACUUUGAGAACCGUCGAGAGCGUCUCAGGCAGCUCAAGUCCUUCUGGGAGAAUGAGUUGAAGGGAUCCAAAGUCACCACCAGUAAACCAAGAGAGUCUUCAGUCACGUCAUCCUCCAACCUCACCAAGCGUUUCACGAAGUCAGCCUUCGACCUCAGGUCCACUGGACUCGCUUCUGAUGAUGACGAGGAUGUGGCGGACGACCACAACUAUUCCGGUUUCGCCAUGAAAGGAAAACCUGACAAACCAUGUCUGGCCGACACCAACUUUAAGAGCCUGAAAGACUUUUGGGCAGGAUCCCUCUCAGCUCAAGGGAGGCCCAAAUCCCCCACCUCCAACACAUCUAGGAUCCAGAGUCCAGCUGCAGUCAAACCUCAUGAAUGCCCCUCCUCCCCCUCCACCAAGAGCCGGGCCAGGGAGGGGGAGACAGGCGGCCGCAGGUCCUCAGUGGACAGCCGCACGGGGAAGACCAGGAUGUCCGGACCCGGACUGGACCAGCGCCGAGAGCGUGCUGCUCCUCAGACCCGGCGGAACUCGGAGCAGGUGUCCAUCAGCAGCGCCCUCAGGAACCAGAACCGCUCCAACCAGAACCGCAGAACCAGCACGGGGAACCUGAACGAGAGAGCCGCAGCCAUGCGCAGGGCCUCUAGCAUGCACUCUCUAGCCUACAGAGAGGAUGAAGAGGACAGCUGCUCCCCCAAACCAGGCAGGAGGAACCAGGACCCCCUCUCCACAGCAGCCGCCAAGCCCAAGAAGACGCAGGAGUUUGGGUUGAGCUUCGGCAAGAAGACGGUAGAGAAAGAAGCAGGGAAAAGCAGAGAGAAAGCCAAUGAGAGGAGGCCGUCGAGGACCAUGGAUGAUUCGCCUCUGGCGCGCUCCUUCAUCCCAAGGGACUACCAGCACUACCUGGGCAUACCUGAGCGCACGGGCACCUGCCCUGCUGCGCCUCCCCCUGCCCCGCCUCAACAGGAGGCCAGGGAACAGUUGUGUACCUCCUUCUCCGCCGAGCCCGAGUGCGAAUGGAGCAGAGGAGGAGGGCCAGCUAGGUCCAGCACACCUGUGGGAGCGGAAGAGGCUGGGGGAAGGAGGGGCAGUCUGGGACCACGCCCAUACAGUGCAAGAACCAAUGAGGAGUUAAGUCAGGGAUCACCAAGGUUACGGUCCGCUUACCAACCCCAGAGAGCCAAUGAGGAGUUUAGUCCAGAGUCACCCAAACUACACCCAUCUUACGGUACAAGGACCAAUGAGGAGCUUCCUCAGGGGUCGCCAAGGUUACGCCCCGCCUACCAGUCGCAACGGGCCAAUGAGGAGUCUCCGAGGAGCAGCACCUCUGGCAGCUGGACCUCUUCACGCAAGAACUCCAAAUGCGACGAGGAUGAAGGGGAGGGGCCAGUCCAGAGGGCCUUGCGGAGGGCUGCGUACCGGCCGGCGUACACCAAGAGCCUGGAGGACAUUACCAUGGAGAUAGGACCUGAGAGGGACAAUGACCACACACACAUUUUCAUGCACAGCAGUGGCGAUGCCUCCCCUCCUCCCUCCACUCUCUCCUCCUUUUCAGAUGUGGAGCGCAUGAGGAAGAUGAGUAAAUCCGUCCCCUCCUUCCUGCAGGAGGACACACACUCAGCUCAGCUCAGCUCGGUUGGAGAUGAGAGUGACUCGUUGUCGGGCAUGAGCAGUAGUCAUGGCGACGUAACUGGCAGGAGGGGCACGUCCUUCACUAACUACAGCGUUUCCUCUGGCAUGGCCGACUCUUCCGUGAGUGGCAGUGCCAUGAGUGUGUGUAGUGGUGAGUUUGGUGGCGUGGAGGUGCAGGGUUCCAUCCAGUUCACGCUGAACUACGUCCACAAGCUCAAGGAGUUCCACAUCUUCGUGGUGCAGUGCAAGAACCUUGCCACGGCCGACCACAAACGGAACCGCUCAGACCCAUACGUCAAGAGUUACCUCAUGCCUGACAAGACUGGACUGGGCAAACGCAAGACAUCUGUAAAGAAGAAGACAGUUAACCCUUUAUUUAACGAGAUAUUACGGUACCGUGUGCGUAUGGACUACCUGAAGAGUCAGGUGUUGAAUCUCUCGGCGUGGCAUCACGACACGUUUGGCAAGAACAGCUUCCUAGGAGAGGUGGAACUGGACCUGUCUGUCUGGGACUUCGCCAACACACACAUGAACUACAUGUCCCUAAAAGCCAGGACGACAUCCACUGCUCAGCCAGCUGAAUACAGAGGGGAGAUGAAACUAGCCGUACGCUACCUGCCACAGAUGACGUACACCAAGACGUCGUCCGGCUCAGGUGAGGUCCACAUCUGGGUGAAGGAGUGCAAGAACCUGCCACUGAUCAGAGGAGCCACAAUAGACCCCUACGUGAAGUGUUUUGUGUUGCCGGAUACUAGUCGUAAGAGUCGCCAGAAGACGCGUGUCCUGAAGCGUACCGACUGCCCUGUGUUCAACCACACCAUGGUGUACGACGGCUUCCAGAGAGAGGACCUGAAGGAAGCCUGCGUGGAGCUGACCGACUGGGACCGAGACCGGCUGGCCAAUCACCUGUUAGGAGGCAUCCGGCUGGGACUGGGAACCGGCCACAGCUACGGGGCGCUGGUGGAGUGGAUGGACUCGACUGGCCAGGAGGUGGCGCUGUGGGAGCGCAUGAUGGAGGCGCCCACAGAAUGGGUGGAAGACGUUCUGCCCCUACGACUACUCAUCACACACACACACAAAUAAACACACACACAAAUAAACACACACACACACACACACACACACACACACACACACACACACACACACACACACACACACACACACACACACACACACACAUACACACACACACACACACUCUCACACGCACGCACACAUGUACACACACACACACGCGCAAGCUCACAUACACACAAACACUUACAGAAUUGGUAGAAGUAUGCUGCCAUUAACAAUACUCAUCACACACAGAAACAAAGAACUAACGCCUGCGCUGCACUCACUUACCGCCAGCAUGCACACACACACGGACACACACACACACACACACACACACACACACACACACACACGGACACGGACACGGACACACACAUACACACCAAUGAUUCACGGUACCAGUAGUUAUAGCUGCUCUUCAGCACCUCAAGUUAUUUAUUCUGGCCGCUAAUAUGCAAAUAUCCUACAACCUUGUCCAUGGGGGCCCUGGUUCGAAUCUUGCCUGGGUCACUUCCCCAACUCUACCCUGUCUCUCUCUCUCCCACUCUGUGUUGCCAGACGUACAAUAAUUACCGUAUUUGUACCGUAAUUUUGUCCUUUGUGCGAUCAAAAACACAUGGUGUACGAUCAUGUCCGAGUUUUCAGUUAAUUUAGUUACCUUGGAACAACCAUUUGGUUCGUGUAGGAUCAUUUCCUCCAAAAAGCCUUAAAACACGUUGAGGUUUUGGUAUGAUGGUUCAACUUUACCCAUCAGGUAACACUGCUCCCAUUACUUCCCAUCUCUCUCUCCCAAUACUGUCCUGUCUCUUUGCAAUCCUAUCUGAAUGAGUGAACUCCCAUUGUCAUUGUGACACAGCACUCCACAGCGCACAGUGUUCACUGCACACGCCGAAAUUGCAUUUAUUUCUCACCUGUGCAAGGGGGCAGCCCCAGACGGUGCCCCAAGGGAGCAGUGCAGUGAGACGGUAUCAUGCUCAGGGUACCUCAGUCAUGGAGGGAGAUGGGAGAGAGCCCUGGAUAUUGUAUACUGGUUACUGGAAUAAGGGGAAAAGCCCAUGAAUACCUGUAGGCUCUUACUGCGGAUGGGCCCGUUCAUGGGCCUAUUCACUCAUCGCUGAAAACUGUUAACUACAUCAUAACGAUAUUGCAACAAUGCUAUUACAUGACAGAGCGACUUCAGUAGUAUAUUAAGACAUAUUAAGGUUAUAAGGUUAUAACAGGGGCUCUGCAGAAAAUGCAUUGAAAAAGAAAACAAUUGUGCAACUUGUGCAGAUUGUGCAACUCUCAGACAGCCCUUUAAAGUAAAAUUUUGACCUAUGUACAAAUGUAUUUGAUAUGUUUGACACACAGGAAUAGAGAGAGAUAGGUGGGGGGUGGGGUUGGGUGGGGGAUGGGGAGUCCUACUGUCCUGUGCACUCCAAUGCGCUUUACUGUAUCGUUCAUUUCACAGUUUAAUUUAAAUCAUUUAAAUGUUACAACUUAAAAUUGUAUAUUCAUUAAUAUAAUGUAUUUGCAAUAAUAUUGUAAUAGCAAUAGUAUAGCACAUCUUGUGCAAAUACUGUAGCUCAAAGCGCUUUAACAGGACGAGAAGACUGACAAGUGUUUACGCUGUAAAAACCCUUUCCCUGAUCUUAAUGGUUGUGCGUCCAAAUCGCUCAAUACCAUUGGAUGUGGAUAUGUAUCUCUCAAUACCAUUGGCUGUGGAUUUGUGUCUUUCAAUUCCAUUGGCUGUGGAUGUCUGAUGAUCGCUCAAUUCCAUUGGCUGUGGAUUUGUAGGCCUAUCUUUCAAUUCCGUUGGCUAUGUAUAUCAUUGUGAAGUGUUCACAAGCCGCAAAUGCUGAAUACUGAAUACAGUAUGUGUGUGAGUGCUUCGAAAAGAACAUCAUUAAAUGCUGAUGAUUAAAACAGGAAAACAGGAUGCUUUGAUGUCUUCCUCACAAUAGCACUUUUCAAAGGUGACUUUGGUCUUGUGCAAUUUUUAAUCUUACGCAAGUCCAGUGCGUGUGGCGAUGAGUGGUGUGUGUGGGAAAUGUCAGCCAAAUACGACAGACUUGAAUUUUGGGUUUUGGUUCUGAAUUUCAGAAAACAAGCACAUGUUUGUUUCUAUUGAAGUUUUUAAAACAUCGUCAUAAAGACGUAUUUGCCAUGAAUUACACAUCACAUUGUUCCUUUGCACUAUUCUCUACAUAAUGCACAGGCUGAAUUUUCUGAGAAUUAAAGUAGGCUAUUUUGUUUACAUUCUCGAUAUACCAAGUAUCCCAACUCCAACUGAGCUGGGUUCUAAUCUGUACACAAAGCCCUGGGAUCUAGCCCCAACUAUGUACUGUAUAUUGCAACUGCAUACAGUAGAGAGCAUUGCCCACAGGCAAAGUGUAGUGAAAUUGCAGCCAUCAGAACCAGACCUCCUUUACAGUCAAAGAGAGUAGAUGAGAGUCUGGUGAUUUAAGCCUGUGCAUUUCCUGUAUCCAUGUGAUGUCAUGUGAACACCCCUUUAAGAGACCUGCGGUUAGAGACCUUUGGAGGCUUUAGGUUGAGAAUAAAUGGAGUUCCCUUGGCACUGUGGAUGGCAUUAGCGCAUAUCUUAUGCAAGCCGUCACCAAAUGCCACAAAAAGAGAAGACGAAGGGACAACACCCCCUUAGGAGACCAAACUUGACCUCUA